GGAGAAUAUUCCCAGCAUUCCAGGAGUCAACAACCAGCAUAAACAAAAUAAAUUUGUUCCCUUGUCUGAAGGUGUAACUGCGUGUACUGUUCAUCCCCUCAAUGGCACCAUUGUUGCUGGAACCAAGCAAGCAUCACUGCUAUUGAUCUCCCAGAAGCACAUGUCAUUCCAAGGCAGAGGCAGUUCUCUGGGUUCUGACGAAGAUUGUAAGAAGCCAGAGCCCAGUUUCAAAAACUUAUUUAGUGACGGCAUGCCCAGAUUGGCUUGA